UUACAAGCCACUCCUGUUCAUGCUGUGAUGAACAUUAAAACCGCGCUUUAGUCUUGUAUGCCUGGCCAUCUUUAGCGAUGGUCCAGUUGAAUGCAGAGGAAGAGAAACGUCGUUUCCAAAUCGAACUUGAAUUUCUAAAUUGUCUUGCUAAUCCCUGGUAUCUCAACAAUCUUGCACAGCAGCAAUACUUUAAGGAUCCUGCCUUUAUCCGCUACUUGGAAUACCUGCAAUAUUGGAAGCAACCUGAAUAUGCCAAAUUUGUAGUAUACCCGCAUUCCCUCUAUUUUCUUGACUUGCUGCAACAUGAGCAAUUCCGAGAGCAUAUCAGCACAUCCGAGAACACACAAGAAACGCAUCGCAUGCAAUAUUAUCACUGGAUGUAUUUGCGCAAUGGGCCGGAAGGACAAGUAAAACAAACCGAAGAAACUGUCACCAACACAACGGCUCCGGAACCCACAGCGGAUUCCACAGCGGUAGCUGCUCUUGACAGCCUGCCUCCUGCUUGACCGAGAUAGACGGUUAAAUCACACUGUGUCGGUUGUUCUGUUCAUCUUAUUGUACAUAUUAU